UCCAAGGUGAAUCUGUCAUGGAGGAGUUAUGCCACCGCGGUUGUGCUGAUGCUAGAUUUGGAUGAGUCCAGUCUUCAGAAACAUCUGCCCGACUAAUAAAACUAUCACUUGACGUUAUCAGAGAGAGGCCUGGUGUCUUUGUUUUCCCGUGUUGUGUCUGACACUUCAAAUGGACGCUAACUAACGCUACCAUCUGUUUUGAGUUAACUUCGAAACAUAGGUGAACUGGAUACUGCAAGAAAACAGCCACACCAGGAUGGCCAGUGUGCUGUGCAGCAGAGCCAGGCUGGUUGCUUACCUCCCAGGGCUUCAUGUAUUGGUGCAUCUUGUGGCUGGAGCCAGAGCCUUCUCUACUGCUGGAUCCUCAGGCUCUGAUGAGCCUCACGUAGCCAUCAUUCCCUCUGACAUGGGACCUCGGACAGUGUGGCCUGAUGAGAGCAUGGGGCCUUUUGGACCCCAAGACCAUCGCUUCCAGCUGCCCGGUAACAUGGGCUUUGACUGUCACCUAGAAGGAGUAGCAGAACAGAAGAAGAGCCUAGCACGCAAGAUGGUCCCUGAUGUGCUUUCUUCCCCAUCCAGCAGUGAGAGACAUGAGUUUGUUCUGGCCCAGAUGAUUGGAGAGUUGUUUGAGAAAGAUGACCCAGCCUCGUCUCAGAAUGUCAAUAGAGCUACACAGUAUUUUGAUAACUCCACUCUGGAGUGUGCCAUACAGUCCUGCCCCGAGCUACUGAAGAAAGAUUUCCACUCCAUGUUUCCUGAGGCUCCAUCCUCUGGUAUGAUGGUGGUCACAGUGACCCAAAAGACCCAGAAUGAUAUGACCUCAUGGUGUGCUGAGGUGGAACAGGAGAGAGAGCAGAUGCUUGAUAAGUUUAUUGAUGGAGCAAAGGAGAUCUGCUACGCUCUGCAGGGGGAAGGAUUCUGGGCUGACUUUAUCGACCCAUCCUCAGGCCUGGCGUUCUUUGGCUCGUACACCAACAACACACUAUUUGAGACUGAUGACAGGUACCGUCACCUGGGCUUUCAGAUUGAGGACCUAGGCUGCUGUAGAGUGAUCCGGCACUCUCUAUGGGGGACACAUGUUUUUGUGGGGACAAUAUUUACCAACGCACCACCCAGCAGCCUUGUUAUGAAGAAACUGCAGGGCAGCUGAACACAGCCUCAGGGACAUUGGGUUACCAUUCAAAGUGUAAAACCUUUAUGGAAUGUUUGGUGAUGGUGCUGUUGACUGCAAUGUCAUAAUUUUAACAACAUAAACAGAAUCUAUUCAGUUUUUACUUUUGCAACAUGUAUGUAUAAAUAUUAGUUGAUUUUGAUGUAUAUUUAUAGAUUCCAAUCCCACAGGCUGAAAUGCUGCUGAAAUGCUGCUGUCAUCACAAUAAAAUCACCUUGAAACUGUG